AUGGUCGUUGAACUGGCUUCAGUGAUCAACUGUAGCGUCGUUGUGCCCUGCUGGUGCUCUUGGCUCGCGGCACAAGGCAUGCCCUCGACUCUCCUUUCCGCACGCACCGACCAUCGAUCAAACGCUCGCUUGCUCUCAAACUUUUUUCUCUCUCUCAAACUCUCAAACUCUCUCUCUCAUAAUCUCUAUCGAGCUCUCUCUCUCUCAAGCUCUCCCUCUCAAGCUCUCUCUCUCUCUCUCUCUCUCUCUCUCUCAAAAUCUCUCUCUCUCUCUCUCUCUCUCAAAAUCUCUCUCUCUCUCUCAAAAUCUCUCAAACUCUCUCUCUCUCAAACUCUCUCUCAAACUCUCUUCAAUUUUUCAUUUUUCUUCACACACAUUGUUUGUGUGUGUGUGAGGAUCAUGCAAAUGGCGGCCAUGAAUGUGUGUGUGUGUGUGUGUGUGUGUGUGUGUGUGUGUGGCGCUCUGAGUGCCCACGGCUUGGGCGCAAAUGCAACUUUGGUUGAGAGACGUGCAGGCAUGACCAUCGGCAUGUUUGCGUGGCGGCUCAUCCGCCCGAGCCCCGCCAGCAGUCUGGUGGCGGCUGCCACUCGCAACUACA